AGACAUAUGUUCACUCUAAUAAAAGGGGCCUUAUACAUCAGAUGCAGACAGCCACUAUUACCAAACACUACACCGUCAUACUUUCCUUCUUGUAGCUUGUUUGGUCUAGAAAUCUCCAUUCUCUCUUUCUUUACACACACUCUCUCUUUCUCUCUUUUUUUUCUUUUAUUUUUUUUUCUUUCUGCUCUCCGGAUUUCAAGUUCAGCCAACUAUCUUAAAAGUCAGUUAAUUUCUUCAAAUUUUCCCCUCCAAAUCUUGCAUCAAUCAUGGCUCUUUUAAUUUGUCUAGUGCUUUUCCUGGCCAUGACGGGCCAUUCAAGUGCUACUUAUUGCUUAUGUAAAGAUGGAGUGGGCGACCAAGCUCUCCAAAAGACCCUGGAUUAUGCUUGUGGAGCUGGAGCUGAUUGUACUGCAAUCCUUCAAAAUGGUGGUUGCUAUAAUCCCAACACUGUGAAAGACCACUGUAGCUAUGCUGUCAAUAGUUUUUUCCAAAGGAAAGGUCAAGUUACAGGAAGCUGUGAUUUUUCAGGCACUGCUACAGUUAGUGCCAAUCCUCCAAGCAAUAUUGCUUCUACUUGUAACUUUCCCGCAAGUAGCACGGGCACCACUCCAACAACUGGAACUGGAACUCCUUCCACCACCCCAACCACAGGGACAACCCCAGGCACAACAACCGGCACAACCACUGGGACUCCUACAGUUUUUGGUGGCACCACCCUUGGCCCAACAGGAACCGCAGGCAUCAAUGAGCCAAGUGAUGCAGUGUCUGUGUUCAGAAACACUAACCUGUUCUUCUCUGUUGUUAUGACCCUUUGGAUUGUAGGGUUGUCUUGGAUUUGAAGGCUGUAGAAAAAGGAGAGGGGAGGGGAGAGUGCUAGGGUUUGUUGAUGGGCGGAUGAGAUUUUGCCAGGACUGUGUUGAUUCACAUUGGUGUAGGUAGGGAUCAUCUACUAGAAUCAGACCCCACGCCCCACUAGGACUUUUUUUCUCUUUCUUUUUUGUUUGUUUCCUCCUUGCCUAUGUGAAAAAAGCUUUGGAAUUUGAUUCCCACUUUUGAGCAGUGAUAUGACUGCUAUUGCAGUAGUAGUAGAAGAACCUGAUCACUGCUUUGUUAGAUUUUUCUUUCUGUAUAUCUAGAGAGAGGCACUAUUUUUUUCUUUAAUUUAAUGAAAAUAUGGGUUCUUAUCUACUGGUUAAAAACUGCAA